AUGAGAAGCCUUAUUAUUGCUAGGAAAAUUACAUAAGAUCUCUAUGGAACUUUGGGAUUCUUGAAAUCUUAUGUUGAUAAUCCAACCAUAUUUGACGAAUUUGAUGAAAAUGGAAAACCAUUAAAGCAUAUUAACUCAUCGUAACCCUCAGAACCAGAUGAUGAAUUUAUUUAAGAAAAUCCUGAUGCAAUUUUAGAAGAAUCAAAGUAAACAAAGAAAAAAGAAGAUUCGAAUUCCCAGAAGGAUGAUGAAGAAAAAGGAAAAAAGAAUUACCUUAACUAAGAUAAGAGAAUUAUGAUUAUUUAUUGCACUAGGACUCAUUCCUAGAUUUCAUAGGUCAUUAAGGAAAUCAAGAAUAAACUUUCAUACGAGAUUAAUGUAAUACCAUUAGCCUCUAGAAAGCAUAUGUGCAUUUUUGGUGAAUAAUUUGAGGAGGAAAGUAUUGAUCAAGUUUGUAAACUUGCUAGAGAAAAAAAUUAGAAGUACCAUAAGAAAAGAUUUACCACACUUCUGAAUGCAGAUAAAGUAAACUUUAGAGGGCACCAAAAAGCAUUAAUGAGGAUUAUGGAUGGCAUAAGUAAACGAUAGAAAAAGUCCCAUGUAAAAAAAGUUGAAACAAGGUAGUUGUAUACAUUUGACCUCGACACAGAAAAUCCUGAAGAUGCUGCACUGUAAAAGAAGAGAUAAUUAGAUAUUAGACAACAUGAAGAGAAAUUAAGAUAGUAUGAAGAAUAGAUUUUUGUUUCAAAUGUAGUUGAAUCGAAUACAAUGAGAAAUAAAAAGUAAUAUGCUAAAGAUUUUGAUGAAAUGAGAAGGAAACAUUAGAGUGGAGUAUGCCCUUAUUAUAACGGUGGUGAGAAGCGCAUAUUUGAAACUGAACUCAACAUUAACCCAUUUUUUGAAAAAAUGCAAUAAAAAAUACUUACAUAACCAGUUUAUGAUAUUGAGGAUUUGACUAAGCUUGGAAAAUAGCAUUCUCUAUGUCCCUAUUAUCUGGCAAGAAGUAAAUUAUCAAAUGUUGAUAUAGCCAUCAUUCCUUAUCAUUACAUUCUGACACCUAGUAUUCGGAGAAAACUCCCAUUAAAAAUAGAAAACUCGAUUAUAAUUUUUGAUGAAGCUCAUAAUCUAGAGAGAAUUUGUGAGGAAAUUAUGAGUUUUAAAUUAUCAGUGGAUAAACUUGUUUAAUGUGAGAAAAUUUUAUAAAAACUAGAAACUAUGUAUAGAGAGAAAGACUGUAUGUCUGCUAAUGUUACAAACUAAAAUAAUGAAAAAGCAGGAGAUAAGCUUGAUGAUACUGAAAUUUUGAGAACAUUUGUUGAUUAACUUAGAAAAGUUAUUGAUGUAACUCCUAGCUUAAGAAGGCAUUAAGGAGAAAUGGAAAGAGGAAACAUUAAGUAUUACCUUUAUGACAUUCAGGAGGUUCAUAAUAUUCUUGAAGAAGCAUUAAGGCCAGUAUUUAGAAUUGAUAAAUAAGAAAGGAAAAAGAAGAAGAGACAGAAAAAGUAAAAUGGAGACAAUAACAAUAAUGAGGACGAGCACGGUGACGGUGGCAAUGAUACACCCAAGGGAAUGUCAAGCGGAAGUGAAGAUGAAUAAGAAUAGUGGGAAGGCAUCGGGGGUGCUAACAAUGCCAGUGAUUUAUACUACAACGAUAUUAAGGAUAAGACAUUAACAGAUAAAGAAAGAAAAUAGAGAGCAAGAUGUAUGAUGAUUAAUAAAAGAGUAGAUGAGCUAAUUGAAGUGCUGGAUUAAUGUAUUGCUGAUCUUUAAUCUGACUCAAAAGCAUUAAGCAAACUAAAAAACAGCUUGAAGACAGUGCAACAUCUUAGUAAAAUUACUGAAAGAGAGAGAUAAGACUUUAGACUAUAUAUUGAGCAAGUUAGCUAUAUAGCAAAUAGUAAGUUAAAUAUGAAAUAAUAAUAUUUAGAAAAUGUACCAGGUAGAGCAUUUGAGGCUAGUAAAAAAUUACUUGGAUAUAUAUGUUUGAAUCCAAGCUAUAUUUUUAAGCAAUUAGUUAAAAAGAAUCCUAGGUCAAUAAUUUUAACAAGUGGUACACUCUCACCAAUGGACUCAUUUGCAGAUGAAUUGAGAACGUAAGUAUUAAUAAAAUUAAUAUUCACUAGAACUUUUGGAGUUUAAUUAGAAAAUUAACACGCAAUAGAUAAAUCUCAACUGAUGGUUUCAGUAGUUUAAUGUGAUUUCGAAGCUCACAGUUUGAACUUCGUUUAUGAUAGAAGAAAAGAUUACUAAUAAAUAAAUGGGCUAGGCAGAUUUAUCAAAAAGUUGGAAGUGAAUAUUCCUGGUGGAAUUCUAUUAUUUUUUCCCUCAUAUGAAUUGAUGUCCCACAUUUUGGAUAUUUGGGAUCAAUCAUAAAUAAUAUUUAACAGGGAAAUCUUUAAAGAAGCAAAAAAUAGCAAAGAAUUCAGGGAGAUAUUUGAUAAGUAUUUGAAAAGAAUCCAAAGAGGCUGA